UAGUGGAAGCCCCGUGUGUCUGUUCUGUCGACACCACACACAACAACACACACCUCCCGCGGUUGUAUCUCAAAGGCAACCAACUUCACCAUCGACCGUGGAGGGCUCUCGCUCUCGUGCUUCGCGCAACCCCAACCGCGGGGCGUCCGAAAACACCUGUGACGCGGAAACUUGCAGCCCCGGCGAGCCCGACGGCAGUUCAGCAUACAUGAAGAACAUGCAGUCGCAGCUGAACAGAUUCUGGGCAGAGCAGAUGCAGGAGAUGGAAACCCUAGAGAUCGGCACGGAGCAGGACUUCAAGAACCACAACGACCUGCCGCUGGCGCGCAUCAAGCGGAUCAUGAAGUGCGAUGAGGACGUGAGGAUGAUCUCCGCCGAGGCGCCGGUGCUCUUCGCCAAGGCGUGCGAGAUGUUCAUCCUCGAGCUCACCCUUAGGUCUUGGUGCUAUUCGGAGAAGAACAAGAGGCGGACACUGCAGAAAGAAGACAUCCAGGCUGCCAUCCGCAAGACCGACAUCUUCGACUUCCUCGUGCACGUCAUCGAAUAACAGGUGGAGGGCAAGGAUCACACCAAAAGCGUUGGUGGUUUUUGUACCGUCCGUUAGGAGCACACGCCGAGUGCUGGCCGGUUCUUUGGGUGUUCGUUUGUGUUUGUCGUUAGACAUGGGCUGUCGUUCUUGUGUGUUGAUUGUUCUGGGUCUGCGCCCGCCCCCCUCCCCCGUGUUCUUAUUUUUUGUGAUUUUUUGGGCUUCGGUGUUGCUCCGGGGAGGCACGGCUGCUGGUGGGUUUGUGUCUCGUGUACAUAGAACACAGUGUAGCGUCAAUAAAUGCCACCUCUGACGUUGGAGUUUUGAGCGGGGGGGCGGGGAGCGUAAGGUUGCCCCUUCCCUUUGACAUUGAUUACCAUGUAGGUUGUCCCGCCAAUGACUCUCAUGCCGUAAAGUUUUUGUGUGUGAAGAUAGAUGCCCUUGUCGUACGCGGGUUGGCGUCAAGUAUGGAGGAAAGGUCCAGGGGACCGCAUUUUGGGACGAGCACGGGCGGCAAUGGUCAAGAUGGAGGAUUUUUUUUCUUCUUCUUCUUUCCUGCCGCUUGCUCACGGUUUCGUGAGAAAAUGACAUCGGCCCGGUUCAGAAUAGAGCUCCUUGAUCCGGCCGAGGGUAAUCCGCGUUGUUUGUUGAUUUUUUCCUCGCCGCACACGGCGUAUUGUUACACACGCAGCCUGCCGCGCCGGCGCACAGGGUGUUGGGUCGCCGAGUACCUUCGCUAGAGAGAAAAGAGUGCUGUCAGAAGAAGGUACAAUGAUGUACGUAGGAGACUUGGUGGGGUCUUUCGGAACGAAUCUUGUGCCGAUGUCCUUCGGUGUCUGCGUGUUUUUUU